CAUGGCUGACGUGGACUUCCAGGGACAAGGGGACCUCAAUGAUGUUUCUCUUGAAGGGGACAUAACUGUGCCUGGGGCACCAGAACCUGAAGAUGAGGAAUUAUCUACCCUUGAUGAGCCAGUGAAAGACACAGUGUUCCGUGAUGUAAAAGCUGUAGGUCAGAAAUUUUUCCAUGUUCUACUUCCUCGCCAAAGUCGAACUCUGCUUCGAGACUGGGACUGGUGGGGACCUCUGAUACUAUGUGUGUUUAUGGGCAUGAUGUUACAAGGCUCUUCGGAGCACCUGGACAAGAUGAAUGAUGGUGGCCCCCAGUUUGCAGAGGUGUUCGUCAUCUACUGGGUGGGAGCUGUAGUGGUCACCCUAAACACCAAGCUCUUAGGAGGAAACAUCUCAUUUUUCCAGUCAGUCUGUGUCCUAGGGUACUGCGUGUUCCCACUGUCAAUAUCCCUGGUGAUUUGUCGCAUUGUUCUGAUAGCAGCUGAACAGACCACAGGCCUAUUUAUUGUACGCUUCGUGGCUGUCAUAUUGGGCUUUGCGUGGUCAACAUUUGCUUCAACAGCAUUUCUGGCAGACUGCCAACCACCAAACAGAAAAGCACUAGCUGUCUAUCCCAUAUUUCUCUUCUACUUUGUGAUAAGUUGGUUGAUAAUUUCUCAUACUCACAGUAAUAAUGUAUAAUGAAGAAAACUGACGUGUAUAGAGAUUCCAUGUAUGUAAGGCUCAGUGUUGUAGUCGGGGUCAGACUCCCUCUGCGGUCACAGCCCUCUUCAAACAGUUGUUCUAUACUGGUUGGGAUAUGGAAUUCUUCAUGGACCCAUAUUGGGUGUUGUGUGGAAUUAAUACUGUUUUCCAUGUUGUAUUGUUCACCGUAUUGGAACCACACAUAGCAUGGAUAUGCUUUUUAACAUGUAGUCAUGUGUGAGAUACUUCCUACAAUUUGGGUCUAGUAUGCUCUUCCAUAUGUUGUCCAGUAUGAUACACCUCAACAAGUUGGGUCAAGUAUGCUGCUCCAUAUGUAGUCCAGUAUGAAACACCUCAGCAAGUUGGGUCAAGUAUGCUGCUCCAUAUGUAGUCCAGUGUGAAACACCUCAACAAGUUGGGUCAAGUAUGCUGUUCCAUAUGCAGUCCAGUGUGAAACACUUAAACAAGUUGGGUCAAGUAUGGAAAAGCUGUUCCAUAUGCUAUCAAGUACGAAACACCUCAAGUUGGGUCUAGUAUGGAAUACUCUCAAUAUUGGCCCAGUGGGAAAUAGUUCACCAAAUUAGUAAGGAGAAGCAUUUCCAUGCAGGGUUCAGCAUACAAUAUUUCACGUUACUGGUAGUACAAGGGUGUGCAGAACUGAAGAUAUUUAGGUUGUUGUGGAGUGGUAUUUUACAAGUCACCACAGGCAUCAAGUCCAGCGUGGAUUUCCAACGCAACAUGGAUGAGUUCAAUACCACUCCAUUUGCAUUUCGGUCCGGUGUGAAAUAAAGUACUUUACCCUACAUGUAUCUUGUGUAAAAGGGGAAAUUCUUUUCCGUACCUUGUCCACUGUGAAAUACUUUGACAUUGAGUGUAUCGCAUGGAAAUGCUUGUCCAUAUUGUGACCAGUAUUGAGUGUGGCACUGUAUGUACAUGUAUAUGUUCUUAACUGUAUUAGGCCCAGUAAGGAAUACCUCACAGUGUUUGGUAUAUAUGAUCAAGUUCUCAAGUUGUUUCAGCUACUAAAACCUUACUUUCUUGCCAUGGUUUGUAAUAUUACACUAUUAUGCCCUUUAUCCAUAUUCCUGCCACCAUGAACAAUGUGAAAUAUUCUUGGCUGCGUCAGUGUAAAACUUCAACGAAAUGGAUCAAAACAUAAAUUUACUACCACGGUUGAUGAACAUGACAAAGUUCUCUCCCCUUUCGUGAUGUGCAUGAACAGUAUUAUUGUGGCUUCGUAUAGAUGUGAAGCAGGAUUGUAGGCUUGUAAGCAUAGUGAAAGUAAGUUGUAUGGACUUAUAUAAUACACCACACUUAGUGACACUAAUUUCAUUGGAAUGACUUUUGAGGCAUUCCAAGAGAUUUGGGCCAGUUGUUAAUGAUAGUACAAUAGUUCUAACAGGCAGUGACAAUAUAGUUUGAAUUUGUGUUUUCUGUUGCGACAAUUCUUGGAUGCUAAUCUGUCGUAAUAAACACAAAUGCGGAGUUUACAUUAAAAAAACUUACCGUAACUGUGUGGAAAUAGUGCCUGUGCUACAUUUGUUAUUUUCUCUUAACCAGUAUGUAUUAAUUAUUUUGUGCUGAACACAGUACCAUGUAAUGACGACAGAUACAUCUGGUCACAUGUACAGCAUUUUCCUGUCCAGUUUGAUUGUCAUUCAAUUUCAUGUCCUCAAAAUCAGUUCAUACUUCAUUAUACAAGCUACAUGUAUUUUGGCCAAAUGCACAAUUUCGAGCCAAAGCUGCAAAAAGGUCAUAAAUCAUUUAUAUCUCCUUUCACUUUUAUCUGGGUUUGUUUCAGUUUGCUUGCUGUAUAUAUUUAUUUAUUAUUCUUUUUGACUUCAGUAAGUCCCCUAUAAUUUUAUAAAAUUUUUCACCAAUUGAUUGUACCAGUGCUGUUGUAGAAGUGUGAUUAGAUUGUGAGAAAUCAUGCGAAGCUGUAUAUAUUUUCUGUUCGUCAGAUAUAAGUGAACAUGAUUUUUCUCCGACUAAGCACAGUAUGGUGAUUACUUGGAGAAAAAUUCCAUUAUACGCGACCUACUGUAUUUAUUUAGUAAAUUCACUUCUUUAAAAACAUUCGAGUUCAUCAUUUAAUACAAAUUUCUAUUCGUCCACUCAUGCAAGAUGUAUCUUUUUCGAUUUCACACAGAGAAUAGGUGCAUAAAUGUUCUCAGAUGUUACUGUAUAUCAAAUCUUUGUUUUUUUGUUUCAUAUUGGGAAAUUGACACAGUUCUGUUUCAGGGUUACGAGGUUUAAGUACUUUAAGGGAUAUUGGAGUUAAAAAUAUAUAAUAUUACAAAGAUGGUAGGGAAUAUUGCAGUUCUGGUUGAUAUUUUGGGAUAUUUCAUUAAAAUGAUUGUAUAAAUAUGGAUGAAUAAGGGAUACAGUAUUUUAAUUCACAACAUUUAUUUACUUGAUACACACAGUCUGUUGGGACAGCAUUGUGAAAUUCGUGUUCAGAAGUCAUUUUCAAUACAUUUGACAGAUAAAAUCAUGACAAACUUUUUUUUGUUUUUGGUUUUUUUUAUACCUUUUCCUUCUUCAGAUGUUGCAAUGUUAUUGACUAUUUAUAGCUGCAGCUUAUUUCUAUACAUGUAGAAUAUCCUGUACUAUUUGAAUGGUAUACAUGUCUUAGGCCUACAGUAUGUCUGCACAUCAGAAAUUAGCUACUGUAAUUCACCAGCCUUUUCACAUGUUGGCAAGAUGUUUAUUCAGGCAUAUUCUUAAGGCAUGUGUGCCUCUCACCAAUACAGUCACUGCGAGGUCACGUCCAGCGAAUGCUGGCUACCUCUC